GAUUUUUAUCUGCUCAAGAAAAUCCAAAAGACACCUCUUAAUUAACCCAGAUUCUAACCACUCUCACGUCUCUUUACAAGACAAGUAGCGUCUUAAUUUCCCUAGGUUUCUUCCUCUUCGUUCUCCGAGAAUUUGACCAAAAUCAUCCCUCUUAUUUAUCCCCAACUUCCACUACAUCCUUAUAAUAUUUCACUUAACCCAAAACAUCCUUUAAGUUUCUCAAAGUUGAUCAAAAACAUCCUUCCGUUAAUAUUGACGGAUCUUUUGUAUUAUCACCUGACUUCUCCUUUUCCCCCCUUUUCUCACAAAAUUUUCCCUCCUUCCUCCUUUUGACAGAACAAAAAGGCACUUUUGGGAAGCUUGAGGUAAGGUUUCUAAUGGUUGAACAACUUCUUCUUGGGUGAAGCUUCUACUUUUCAUUGUAAAUUUGACAACCUCGCUGUUGAAUCUGUGAUACACACCUAACCCCAAUUUCAAACAAUUCAAUGUUCAAGAGUCAAGCAGCAUAUAGUGAUUCUGAUAAUGAAUCCGACUAUGGAGAGUUUGAAGAUUCAGAUUAUGAAGAUGACAUUUUUUUGGACAGAAAUGUUGAUCCUUCUGUUGAAACCUUUUCUGUCAAUGUCAAUGGAAAUACGAGAACAAAUGAUGAUAGUGGAGAGUUUAUUAGCAAACAGUUGCAAAAGAAGAGGCAAAACGAUGAUGGCGACUCAGAUUGUGUUGUUUCCAGUGAUACAAAAAGCUUGAAUAGUGAUAGCGAUGCGUCUAAUGAAGAUUUUAACUUUCCAAAGCAUAACCCGAAGACUGAUGGCUAUAAUCCUAAGUUAGCAUUAGGACAAGUAUUUCGAAACAAAAAGGAGGUUCAGGAAGUCGUAACUACUCAUGAGGUUAAAAGAGAAAGGACAGUCGAGUGGAUUAAGGAUGAUUCAGAAAGAGCAAGGGGAUUAUAUAAGCAUCGUCCUUAUUGUAAGUGGGUAAUUCUAGCUUCAAAAAUGCACAGGGAUACAAACUUUCAGAUAAAGACUUACAAGUCCGAGCAUACAUGUUUUUGUUGGAAUGUCAAGAAUAAGAAUGCUACUUCCAGUUGGAUUGCAAAGAAAUAUGUCAACAGAAUCAAAUCAAACAGAUAUUAGAAGACAUCAAAAUUCAGAGAUGAAGUCAGUAGAGAGCUGGGAGUAGACCAUCUUUAUGUCAAGCAAGAAAAGCUAAAAAGAAGGCUAUUUCUAUGAUUGAUGGUAACUUGAAUGACCAUUUUAGCAUGUUGUGGAGUUAUAUUAAUGAGAUCCUGCGAUCCAAUCCUGGAACAUCAAUUUACAUGAAGUUAACACCAAAUGAGAUGCCUAACAAUCCGUCUAGAUUCCAAAGAUUAUACAUUUGUUUUGCGGCGUGUAAAGAGGGUUUUAAGGCAGGUUGUAGGAAGAUCGUUGGUGUUGAUGGUUGUUGGUUGAAAGAUUCUAUGUAUGGAGCACAGUUGCUUGGUGCUGUAGGUAUGGAUGGCAAUAACAAUAUAUUUCCUAUAGCCUAUGCCAUUGUGGAAAAGGAGUGCAAGGAUACAUGGAAAUGGUUUUUGAACUAUUUGACGAUUGAUAUUGAAAUAGAAGAGCAAUAUCUCUGGACAUUCAUGUCAGAUAAGCAAAAAGGCCUACUUGAAGGUUUUGAGGAAGUGUUACCAAAUGUUUCUCAUAGGUUUUGUGCACGGCACUUGCACAAUAAUUUCAAAAAGGCCGGGUUCCCUGGUCAUGUGUUAAAAGAUGCAUUUUGGAAAACGGCUAGAGCAACAACUGUUGAAGCAUUUAAUACAUGUAUGUCGGAGAUAUUUGAAUUGGAUAAAGAAGCGUACGAAUGGCUUUCUACUAAGUUUCCUAGUGAAUGGUCCAGAUCUCACUUCUCACCACUUUCAAAGUGUGACAUGCUAUUAAACAAUAUGUGUGAGGUGUUCAACAGUUUGAUUCUUGAUGCUAGAGAUAAACCCAUUAUCAAACUUUUGGAGACCAUAAGACAUAUACUCAUGGCUAGGAUUGCAUUUAAUAGGGAUAAAGCUGAAAAGUGGACUUCGGGUGACGUUUGUCCAAUUAUAAAGAAUAAAUUGCAUACAAACAUGAAGGGAGCUUCUGGUUAUAUUCCUCGAAAGGCUGACUCAUGGAAUUAUGAAAUCAUAGGGUCUACUGAUAUUGACACUUGGGCUGUGGACUUGUAUAAAAGAUAUGUAGUUGUAGAAAAUGGGAAUUAUCAGGGAUACCUUGAAAACAUGCUAUUUGUGCUAUAUGGAUGCAAAGAGAUGAGAUUAUAGACUAUAUUCAUGACUGCUACAAGGUUGAGAAAUACAGGAAAGCAUAUACAGCCAUACUGCCUAUGAAUGGGCAAGAUUUAUGGCCUGUAUCAUCUAACUCUCAACCAUUGCCACCUUCUUAUUUGAAAAAGAAGAAAGGAACGAAAUAGAAAUUAAGAAAGAAAUAAGUGGAUGAGCCUGGAGCCUCGAGGACUAGGAUAAAAAGGAAACAAAAAUCAGUUGAUUGUAGCAAGUGUGGUAGACCUGGUCACAACAAAAAAAAACUUGCUCUUUAUAUAAUGUUGUUGAACUAGAACCAACAAAUUAUGCUUCAUUUUUUGACUCUGUAAUGGUUGAGAACAUAUCAAGUUGGACACAAGAAUCUGCCUCUUUUCAUGACGAACUUCCGGUUAGAAGAGGUUAGUAGCAUGAAUGCGCAUCAAGUUGCAUAGCGUUGAAGAUGUGACAGUCGUUCCCAUUUUGUUCACUUUGUAAUGACAAGAUUUAUUUUGUAAUGACUCAAGUUCAUUUUGUAAUGUGAUGACUUCUAAGCGAAUUAAGUUCAUUUUGUAUGACUC